AUGGUGCAUUCUAGCUAUUUCGAGAUGGCAAACUACACGAGCGAGCCCAUUGCAAUUGUUGGAAGUGCUUGUCGCUUUCCAGGAGAAUCCUCGUCGCCAUCGAAGCUCUGGGCUCUUCUACGCGAGCCUCGAGAUGUUCUGGCCAAGAUUCCGCCGGUACGCUUUGAUCCCGAGGGAUUUUAUAACGAAGAUGGAGAGUACCAUGGAAGCUCCAAUGUCAAGGAGUCGUACAUGUUGAAAGAGGAUCAUCGAGUGUUCGACGCCCAGUUCUUCAAGAUCAAGCCAGUCGAGGCUCACAGCAUUGAUCCUCAGCAGCGUAUUCUCAUGGAGACGGUCUAUGAGUCCAUCGAAGCUGCUGGUUUCGCCAUGGAAAAGAUGCAAGGAUCCGACACGGCUGUUUACGUCGGACUGAUGUGCGAAGAGUACAGCAACAUUGUGGCAGGCGAUGUCGACCAGCUACCGACUUACACUGCUACAGCCACUGGCCGCAGCAUCAUGUCGAAUCGUAUUUCCUACUUCUUCGACUGGCACGGCCCCUGCAUGACCAUCGACACAGCCUGCUCGUCCAGCCUCAUCGCCGUUCACCAAGCUGUUGAAACCCUUCGCAAUGGCACCUCUCGUGUGGCAAUCGCUGCUGGCGCAAACCUGCUUUUGAGUCCUAUGGGAUAUAUCACUGAGAGCAAACUUCAUAUGCUUUCGCCAGGCAGUCGAUCCCGCAUGUGGGACGCUGAUGCCGACGGCUACGCGCGAGGCGAUGGCGUUGCUGCAGUAGUGCUAAAGAAGCUGAGCGAUGCCAUUCGUGAUGGCGACCACAUUGAAUCCAUCAUUCGCGACACUGGCGUCAACCAAGACGGUCGUACCACAGGUAUUACGAUGCCAAGCAGCACGGCACAGGAGGCUCUCAUUAGACGUACCUAUUCCAAAGCCGGUCUCAAUCUCACCAAUCCGUUAGAGCGAUGCCAAUACUUUGAAGCUCACGGCACCGGCACACCUGCUGGAGACCCCAUCGAAGCUUCGGCUAUCCAGAAGGCAUUUUUUGGAGCAGACAACACUGGGGUCGAUUCCAAUGACAUUCUCUACGUAGGAUCUAUCAAGACUGUCAUCGGACACACUGAGGGAACCGCCGGCAUCGCUGCACUCAUGAAAGCCUCGCUUGCAAUCCAGCACUCUAUUAUUCCUCCCAACAUGCUGUUCAACAAGCUCAGUCCGGCCGUGGAACCCUUUUACGAGCAUCUUGAGAUAGCUACGGCAGCCCGGCCUUGGCCAGAGCUUCCGGAAGGUAUUCCUCGACGAGCAAGUGUCAACAGCUUCGGGUUCGGCGGGACCAAUGCCCACGCAAUUGUUGAGCAGUAUGUCCCUGGUAUCUGGGAUCAACGUGAGCAGUCACGUCGGUCAGCUCCGUCUUUCCUCCCAAUCUGUCUCUCCGCUGCGUCAGAGAAGGCUCUGUUCGAACAGGCGCGUCGCCUCUCCGUUUGGCUCGAAAACAACUCCGAAAUCAGUCUAACGGAUCUCGCCUGGACCCUCGCCAUCCGCCGCAGCAAAUUCCCGUAUCGUUGGUUUUUCUCUGCCGGCAGUGUUACACAGCUUAGGGUCAAGAUCGACAAAAGGCUCGGAUCCAACUAUGAGCCCAUCAACUUACUUCCUUCGCACAAGCCCAAAAUCCUCGGCAUCUUUACAGGUCAAGGAGCACAGUGGGCGGCUAUGGGACGAUCUCUCAUUGUUGGAUCUAAGUUUGUCUCUAAGAUUGUCGACUGUCUGGAGGUCAGCCUGAGUCUCCUUCCGGACGCUCCUACGUGGUCAUUGAGGGAGGAGCUUCUCGCUGGAGCGGACACGUCUCGUAUCGCCCAGGCAGCCCUCUCGCAGCCUCUGUGCACGGCCGUACAGGUUAUUCUAGUUGAGAUGCUCAAAGCAUCGGGCAUCGGCUUCGAGGCCGUUGUUGGCCACUCUUCGGGCGAGAUCGGUGCUGCAUACGCCGCCGGCUUGGUCUGCGCGGAAGAUGCUAUUCGUAUUGCCUACUACCGUGGUCUUCAUUCCAGCCUUGCCAAAGGAAGCAAAGGUCAGAAGGGUGCCAUGCUAGCCGUCGGAACGUCUGUUGAGGAUGCUCAAGAGUUCUGCGCAUUCGAGGAGAUGCAAGGUCGCAUCUGCGUCGCCGCCUGCAACUCAUCCUCCAGCGUUACCUUGUCUGGAGACUCGGACGCGGUGAAAGAAGCAGAGUCUAUCCUUCAAGACGAGGGCAGGUUUGUACGAGUCCUUCGCGUGGACACCGCAUACCACUCGCAUCAUAUGCUCCCGCCGGCCGGUCCGUACGUGGAAUCGAUGCGUAGCUGCCAUGUUCGGGUUCUCGACGACAGGAAAGGCGAAGGUGUGGUUUGCUCCUGGUUCUCGAGUGUGCGGGAGAAUCAAGAGGAAAUGAAAAUCCAAUCCGAAGGUCUUGAUGGCGAAUACUGGCGAGAUAAUAUGGUCAAGCCGGUUCUGUUUGCGCAAGCUCUGAAAAAGGCUAUCGACACCAAGGGCCCCUUUGACCUGGCUUUUGAGAUCGGGCCUCAUCCGGCUCUUCAAGGCCCAGCUCUACAGACAAUCCAGGAAGUCCAGGGUAACCGUAUCCCCUACACUGGCGUUCUCUCGCGAGGUGUCGACGAUGUGGAAUCGUUUGCCGACGCACUUGGAUAUCUUUGGAGCCAUCUCUCUCCCACCAGCGGUUUACUACAGCUUGAGAAGUCCGAUGCUACUCUGUCAGGGGAACAGCAGCCCAACGUUGUCAAGGACCUCCCUCCUUACGCCUUUGACCAUGACCGCGUCUACUGGAGAGAGUCCCGAUUGGUCAAAGCCACCAGAACUCGCAAAACGCCUUACCACGAUCUGCUGGGUGUCUGCUGCCCCGAUGGAACUGAUCCAACACUCCUCCGUUGGAAGAACCUCCUCUCGCCCAAGGAGAUUCCCUGGCUCGGAGGUCAUAUGGUACAAGGACAAAUCAUCUUUCCUGCAGCCGGUUAUCUCUCAAUGGCUAUCGAUGCGUGCCGUAUCCUGGUGGCCCGUCGGGGUGAGGCUCUUGCCAUUAAGGGUAUGGACAUUCUUGACUUUGUCAUUGGAAAGGGCAUCAUCUUCGAUGAUCGCAGCCUGGGUGUUGAGACCCUGCUCACCUUGACCCUCGAUGAGGAGUACGACGAGAACGCGAGAUCAAUCAACGGCACGAUUCGCUUCUACGCCGGUCUGGCCAAUUCAGAUGUCUCUUCUCUACCACUUCGCUGCUCAUGUCGCGUGCAUCUCAAUCUCGAGGAAGCGGGACUGAUCAGCGAUAUUGUUGAGGGAAGCACGUCGUUGCCACUUCUUCCCCCCCGCGCAGAGCAGCUCGUCAACGGGGUAAACGUGGAUGCGAAACAGUUCUAUGCUAAUCUCGCUGAAGUUGGGUAUGAGUAUUCCGGGCUUUUUCAGGGACUGUCAGAGCUGAAGCGUACCCUUGACGCCGGCACGGGUGUCAUCGCAAACCCUGCUCGCCAAGAUCCCCUCCGGUCUCCCACCGUUCAUCCUGCCAUGAUCGACUGUACCAUUCAGGCCGUGUUGCUCGCAUUUUGCUUCCCUGGAGACGGGAAGCUGUAUGCACUGCACGUGCCGACAAAAAUACGACGCGUCUCCAUCGAUCUACCGCUUCUAGAGAGGGAAACUCUUGGGGCCGGUCAGCUCCCAGUAGACUCUAUUGUUGAUUCGAAUGGCACAGUAAGCGGAGACGCACACUUGUUUGCGAAGGAUGGCGAAACCGCCAUGAUUCAAAUGCACGGCAUCGAAGUUGUGCCUCUGACGCCACCGACGCCAGAGCAAGACGCGCAGCUCUUCUGGGCGUACGAACUGGGCGUCGCUCAACCAGACGGUAACCUCAUGGUCAAGGGCCGCCGAGCGACAGAUGCAGACUACGAGCUUGCCGAAGUCGCGGAAAGAAUUUGCUAUCACUAUUUGAAGAACCUGCUAGCCGAGCUGACGCCGGAAGACAUUGAAAAGUCGGCGUGGCAUCACAAGCGCCUGGUCAACUUUGCUCGCAAGACACUAGGAGAACUGCGUUCUGGUCAGGAUCCGCACACUAACCCUCAAUGGUUGAGAUGA